AUGCAAAUCUAAAUUACAAAGUUAGAGUAUGGAAUUGGGAAAUUUAAGGUUACUCAAGGAGAAAAAUCCUAAAGAGAACUUUAAAUUAAUUAGAAUUUGAUGAAGAAUGAGGAAACUUAAGAUGCGGAUCAGUUUAAUUCAUAAUUUUAACCUUACCAAUAACAUCAAUAAAGCUCAUAGUAAAUAUUUGAUAAAACUCUAAUUUAAGAAGCAUCGGAAAACCCUCUUAUAUUUGAAGAAUAAGAAACAGAAGAAUAAGUGUAAUAAAUUCAAUCUUAAGAACAAAGCUAUUAAGCAAUCGGAUUCAAUGAUUUGUGUAAACUUUAAAUAAAAAGUGUUGAUUCAAAGACGAUAAACUUUAUCUUGACUGAUGAGGUGGCAGAUGUUACUGUUUAAUUUGGAUUUGAAUUCAGAUUCUAUCCUUCUUAUGAUGGCUAAUAAUACAAAGGCGGAAUUUAUGUCUUUAAGACUAGUUAAUCUGAUUCUUCCUAUUUCAGUGAAGAGCUAUUAUCUACUGAAAUAAUUAAGGGUAGUUUUUAGACUGGUGUAUAAUUUACUUAUAAAGCACAUUACAGAAACACAAUCUCCAUUGUCACAGUCUACUUAACAAAAGAUGAUAAAGGAUGUGGAGAUAUAGAAUUUGACAUAAAAAGAGAUGGUCUAGAGAGAAAUGUUGAAGCCACAGUGAAUUGGUUUUCCGAUGAAAUUUAAAAUCAUGGAGUAUUCUACACAGAUUCAAAUGGAUUUGAGUAUGUUAAGAGAAUCAAAAGAAAUGUCCUCGAGGAAUCAGAUAUUAAAUCAACAGCUCCAGCAAAUUUUUAUCCUGUCAAUACAGGGAUCUUUAUUGAAAAUAAAGCAAAGAAGCUAUAAAUGAUAGUAAUGAAUGAUAGAUCACAAGCAGGCUCAGGUUUUAGGGAAGGCAGAAUAGAGCUCCUCUUUAAUAGAAGAGUUCUGACUAAUGAUGAACUAGGCAAUCCAGAAUUUCUUAAUGAAUUGGAUGAGAACUAUUAACCUAUUAGGACUCAGAAUAAAUACUUUGUUAGAUUCACUAAUUCUCGAAAGUAAGCCUUCAAGGCAAUUACUGAGAGAACUUUUAAAACAUUAAAUCCAAUUAGGAUGUAUCAGGCAAGUAAAUUCUUCCAAGAAAAUGUGACUAUAACAUAAAUUGAUAAGGAAACGAUCAUUAUCCCAAGAUUGCACUCUAUUUUAAAGCAAUUAGAUAUUGUAGACUAUAAACUUAUCCCAGAUACCAAGUUUGAAACAGCGCUUUUAUGGUUGCAAUAAUUCAACAUUGACAAAUAAAAUGUGAAACAAAUUUCAAGAGAUUAGGUGAGAGAUAUACUUUAAUAAUUGUGUAAAAUCGGAGAAAUCAAAUCUCAGUUUGACUACAAAACCAGCAAAUGCGAUGUAAGUCCAAGCUUUGAAUUUACUAAGCUGACAGGAUAAGCUUUGAGCGAUAUUGAAUAGAAAAAAAAUGAUUACUCAUUAUACAAAAUUUUAACGAUUAAGAUAAAAUUAAUUUGA